AUGACUGUGAAUGUGGAUGUGGUGACUGUGGCUGGUUAUGACUGUGACUGUGGAUGUGGGUAUGACUGUGACUGUGACUGUGGGUGUGACUGUGACUGUGGGUGUGACUGUGGCUAUGGGUGUGACUGUGACUAUGACUGUGACUGUGGGUAUGACUGUGACUGUGGAUGUGGGCAUGACUGUGACUGUGGGUAUGACUGUGACUGUGGAUGUGGGUGUGACUGUGACUGUGACUGUGAUUAUGGGUGUGACUGUGACUGUGAUUGUGGCUGUGACUGUGGGUGUGACUCUGACUGUGACUGUGGGUGUGACUGUGACUGUGACUGUGGGUAUGACUGUGACUGUGGAUGUGGUUAUGACUGUGACUGUGGUUGGGGUAUAACUGUGACUGUGACUGUGACUGUGGGUGUGACUGUGACUAUGGGUGGAUUGUGA